AUGCGUCGAUCAACAAUCCCCGAGCCUCGUACGCCACUCACUCAGCAGCCAGUGAGCGACAAAGAAGCAGAUCCUAGCCAAGCGCUGGUAUCUGAAGAGGAGGAUGAGAAGCAUGAUUUCCCCGAGAAUAGCAAGGAAGCAUGGCUUUGCUUGCUUGGUUCCUUCUUGAUGAUGCUUCCAUCAUUUGGGUUCCAGACUGCCAUUGGAUCUGUCCAGGACUACAUCAGUACCCACCAGCUGGCUGACUAUAGUGUCAGCGAUGUCGGGUGGAUCACCGCAGUGCUUGUGUUCUUGACCCUGUUCCUGGGAGUUCAAGUCGGGCCACUGUUUGACCGUUACGGUGCAAGGACAUUGAUGCUAGCAGGAAGUCUGGCUAAUUUUCUCUGCUAUAUGCUGUUAGCCCAAUGCUCUAAGUAUUGGCAUUUCAUGCUUUGCCUCGGGUUCCUUGGCGGGAUUUCCUCUGCCAUCAUCACUACAGUCUCUAUCGCCGUCCUGAGUCAUUGGUUCUAUCGCCGCCGCGGCCUGGCUUCUGGCAUCUGUAUGGCCGGGUCAUCGACAGGUGGAGCCAUCAUUCCUUUGCUCCUUCGUGCGCUUUUUCAGAGAUACGGGUGGCUCUGGUCAAUUCGGAUCGUGGCUUUCAUGGCUCUUGGGUGCUAUGCUCUCGGUGUAUUCCUGGUAAAGGAACGACUUGCCACUAGUGAUAAGAGUCGGGCUACUAUUGACUUCCGAGCCUUUGCUUCUCCUCGGCUUUGCUUCCUCGCAAUGGCAGUCUUUUCCUUCGAGUUUAUUAUCUUUGGAUGCUGCGCCUUACUUCCCACUUACGUCCGUUAUGCGGGCCUUUCCGAAGAUGUCCAAUUCUAUUCCUUGACCCUCCUCAAUGGAAUGAGUCUCUUUGGAAGGAUCCUCCCGGGAUUUGCAGCCGAUCAACUGGGAAGAUUCAAUACCCUUUUAGUCAUGGUCUGCGUGACUUUGAUCAUCAUGGCAGCGGUCUGGUUUCCCUAUGGAACCCAUAAUGAGGCUACUCUCUAUGUCGUCGUCGCGAUAUUUGGUUUCGGGUCCGGCGGUUGGCUAUCCCUGGCACCUGUCUGUGCAGGCCAGCUUUGCCGAACCCAAGACUAUGGCCGGUUCUAUGGGACGAUCUACAGCGUUGCCUCUUUUGGAGUCUUGCUCACGGUGCCCAUCGGAGGCAAGCUACUCCAGUCGACAACUCCCAAAGUUCUGAUUGGGUUCUACUCAGCCGUAUUGCUUAUUGGGUUGGUCAGCAUUACAUUGUCCCGUUGGGCGCUGUUGAACUGGCGCUGGAAGUGGAUGGUCAGAGUAUAA